GGAGUCCAGGAUAGCGACCACCAUAGCCCAUCACAGGCGCUAUCCCAGGACACGCACGGUGACGAACACGAAGAGCAAACGGACUUCGAAGGAACCUCACAGAUGGGUAGUACUCCUCUGAGCACCGAGGAUAUCCAUACCAUUCUCUCAACCCCAUUCGCCCCAGGGCCCGGCAAUCCCCUCUUCGGCUGCUUUGAGACAAUGGAGGAGGACUUGGAUAUCGAGGCUUUACCGACUUCUAUCCCAGAAACGUCACCCUUGAGGCGAAAAGCGGCGUUCUGGACAAACUUUCCAUUCGCCAACACAGAACUACUGGAUCUGUUGUUGACAGAGCCCGAGCCCGAGCAGGGUGACGAUCAAUGUCUAAAUUUGAGCAAUCUCCUCAAUUCUCCGUUGUUCGGGAGUCCAAAGCAGGUGAGGGGCCGUAGUGAGCCACUAGAGGACGACGAGGCCCAAAGGCCCGCGAAGAGGGCGCGCGCAGAAGAUACUGCAACGUCCCCAAGUUCAAAUUAUACCGACAGGGUUCAUAUCAAGUCGUCGAUGGGGAAACGCACGCACGGAGCUGGAACGAGGCGUUGA